AGAUCUUUUACUCUUAGGAUUGGCGAUGUUUCAAAAAAAAAAAAAAAGAAGAAGAAACCUAUGAUUUGUUAAUGGGCGCGAGUGUCCGUGUACUAUUUUGCCCUUCUUAUGAGGUCUCGUACUCUGAAUCAGUGAAACCAAAAUGGCAUUCAUGCGCUUCCCUUUCUCGUUUUCUCCGCUCCGACCGCCUAAAUUUCCUCGCCCCUUCACUGCAUUUGCUGUAGCCGCUGCCGCGGUCGGAGCCUCUGCCGCGGUCGUUGCCGUCUCCUCCUCCGAUCGCUCCUCUCUCUGGAAUGCGAUGAGUUCCGUGGUGUCUUCUCAGCAUUCAUCUGCUCUCUGGGGUUCACUCAGUUUGGAGGACAAUGGUGUUCACGUGCUUGAGCGAAAGACCGGAGUCUCCUUCCCUUCCGCCCUAGGCCCUUCUCUCAAGCUCUGUGGAAUUGGCUUACGCAAAAAAAGCGUUUUUGGAUUGAAGAACAUUGAUGUUUACGCAUUUGGUGUUUAUGCUAAUGAUGAGGACAUUAAGAAAUAUCUUUCUGAGAAAUAUGGGAAGUUGCCUGUGUCGGAAUUGCAGGGUAAUAAGGAGUUUAUUGAUGAUCUUAUGGAAAGUGAUAUACCCAUGACGGUUAGACUUCAAAUUGUCUAUGGCAGAUUGAGCAUUGGUUCCGUGCGUAGUGCAUUUGAAGAGUCUGUGGGAAGCAGACUGCGGAGGUUUGGGGGAUCGGACAACAAAGAAUUGCUUCAAAGGUUCACUUCCCAGUUUAGAGAUGAAUUCAAAAUACCUCGUGGAUCUGUAAUCCAUCUCUCAAAAGAAAAGGGCCACGUUCUUUGCACUUCAAUUGAUGGACAGGAAGUGGGAUGCAUCCAGAGCAAACUCCUAUGUAAGUCAAUUCUAGAUUUAUAUGUUGGAGAGGAAGCAUUUGAUGAACAGGCUAAAGAAGAAAUUGAGAACAACGUAGCUACAUACCUCUAGAUGUAUAACGCCAAACUAAGAAUCUUCUCUAAGACAUAGAUUCUAUACCUUUCUCGGUAUUGUUAAUUUAAACCUGUUUUUGCAUAACUUGAGCUCCAAGAUUGUAAUAUGUAUUUAGUUAUAUCUCUAAUAAUAACUAUCUUACUCUAACAUUUGUUUAGAGUAUCGACUAUCA